AUGGAAUGUGCGUACUCUAAAUCAAGAUGGAAAACUAGACAUUCUAAUGAGCCAAUUGGAAAAAUUCGAGUGGGAAUUGGAGUCUCAGAGACGUCUCACUGGAAAGAAUCAGAUUUCACCGAGAGAGGAUACAAAGUACUGUGUGCUAGCGAGGAAGAUGUACACAGGAGAGGCGUCGCUCUGAUCCUCAACAAACAAGCACAAAAAGCACUCCUGGGAUAUAACACCAUAUCCCCUAGACUGAUCUCGGCCAGAUUCCAAACACAGGUUGGAGCCUUAACAAUAAUCCAGGUUUAUGCACCGAACAUGGCAGACAGAGAGGAAAUGAUAGACACAUUUUAUGACCAGCUUCAACAAACAAUAGAUGACACUCCUAACAAGGAUAUACUGAUAGUGCAAGGUGAUUUAAUCGCAAAAGUAGGGAGAGACUGGGACACCUGGAAGAACGUCAUAGGACAUCAUGGAUACGGAGAAAUGAACAACAGAGGAGAAAAGCUUUUGAACUUUUGCAUGGCCAACAAUCUAGCUAUUGCAAAUACCAUGUUCAAACAGAAGAAUGCAAGUCGGGAAUGGACAUGGGAGUCGCCGGACGGGAGAACCAAAAACAAGAUAGACUUUGUCAUGGUGAACAACAAAUGGAAAUCAAGCGUCCAAUGCGGUAGAAGUUUUCCAAGUGCUGAUGUGGCCUCAGAUCACCAACUGGUUAUCUGCAACUUCAAGCUACGAUUCAAAACUAAACCCAAACAGAACGUAAUGAAGAGAUACGAUGUGUCGAAACUGAAAGAUGAAAACACAUAA